AUGGCGGAACAAACACUAUAUGAACAGCUUGCAAAGCAAAAGAACAUCAUUUUAAGCAGCGAAAAGAAAGAGCUGGAACAAUUUUUCGAGGUUUCGACAGUAACAAGGGACUUUGUUAGUGAAGGAAAGGAACCUAAACAAAUACAAGAAAUCAGUGUCAGACUCAAGAACGACCAGAAGACAACAGUAUUUUUGACACCAACGAAUGGGAGUCAAAUACGAAUGCCAUUACCAUUGAUCAGAGACAACCCAAUCACUUUCUCAAUGAGUCAAUGCCUUUCUGAAGGGUUUUAUGAUGUUUACCAAGACCAAACUGAGAAGAGAAUCCUUGCUUCACGAAGAUUUGUUGGCGAAGAACGAUUGUUAACAAUAGAGGUGGUGAAAGAGUUUACCGGAUUUUUCUAUAUCACAGUCACAUUCGAAAAUUACAGAACAGAGAAAGACGAUGCUCUCGUGUUAAUUCGACGUGGGGUCGUCGAACGCAUCACACGAUUUAACGACCCCGAUGUUAAAAAGUUGUCUUUGAAAUAUAAUGACUUGGUCGUGGGUGUGGAGUACACUGUGUUACUUGUGAAAAAACAAGAAAUUUUAAACGUCCACAUUGGGGACAAAGUGUGGAAUUUCAUGUUCAUAGGAAUGCAAAAAUUCUGUGUAAAUUCUUGUGACGAUGAUUCAAUUGAAAACGAGAACAAAAACGACGAGAAUGAGGAAGAACCUUUAUUUGAUAAAAUUGAAAAAGUACCAGAAACGCACGAACAACCAAACACAGACAAAAAAGAUGGCCCCAAGAAGCCCGAGAACAAGGUGGUGAUAAUAUGA